CUUUUUUUAAGUUUCAGGGAGUCACACAUCUGAUGUGGGAUUGUCAAUAAUGUCAACUUUAAAAACUAUUAUACAGCGAUCUGUUUCUACUAUACGAUCUACUGCACAUAACGUUCCUCGACAUCGUCGUCUGACGAACACAGCUUCUCUAUGCCAGCAGGAAGUACAACGAUCACAGCAACGACAACCCCAGUUAAAGAUCGAUUCGCCUGCGGCUAAAGCCAACAAGUACCUCUACACGAUCCCGCAAGAUCCUUAUGUUGCUGCCCAGCGCGUGUCGCGCAUUGCCAAAGUUGCUUCUGCUGAUGAUGCAUUAGAAUACUUGAAAUGCUUGCGUGUUGGUCUUCAAUCGACAGCAGCGUGGAACACCGUCAUUAAACAGUAUGCGACUCAAGGCAAAGGAUCGCAAGCAGAAAAAUGUUUUGUUCAGAUGAGAAAACGAAACAUUCCACCCAACGAACAGACGUUUACGGUGCUCUUAACAGCGUGUGCGCAUUCGUCGUCUCCUGCUGCAAUCCGCAAUGCACAACAAGUGAUUGAUCGUAUGGCUCGCUACAACAUCAAGCCAAGCAUCAUCCAUUACAAUACACUCCUAUUAGCAUACGAAAAAACACAAACGCCUGUUCAGGAUGUUUUCAAACGUCUACCAUGCAAGCCGAACGAGUACACAUAUAGUAUUGCUUUUCGAUGUGCAGACAAUGUGGAUUUUGUGAAACAACUGUGGAUUCAAGUACAGCAGAGACUAGGCAACAAUCCAACAGAAGCAAGAGGAGGUCGAUCCACACUGGCACAGAAAGCAUGCCAAAUAACCAUGACCGAAGAAGCUUUACAGCACGACGACGACGACAGCAACGACAAAGCCAAUCGUGAUGACGGUAAAUUCACACUGGAUGAUCGACUCGCAGCAUCGUUUCUGUCAGCAUUAGCAAAAACGGCAACAGAGCCGGAUGAUAUCCAGUUGGGUGUGGAUGCGAUUGAACAGUUAUAUGGUUUACGUCCAACAUCAUCCACCAACAGCGCACCUGCCAAACCCACAAGCAAACAUGGUCUGCUUACUCCCACAGUUUAUUCGCUUGACGCCAUAUUGCGGUUCUGUGGACGAUCGCGAAGAUACAAACUUGGGCGAGAAUAUUAUGGUUUAGCUUUGAAACAAUACCCGCAACUUGUCCCAGAUAAAGCUUUGUUGGAUACCCGUGCUUGGUUGGAUGGAGGAGGAGCAAACACAAAACGUCAUUCAAACCAUCGUCAGCACCGCCAACAACGUCAUUCUUCCCAAUUAGAAGAAAAAUAGAAUUCUGUAAAUUACAUUUUUUCGUCUUUUUCUUUUGUCUCUGCAUUACAACCAACCAUGUUUAUUUGAUGACAAACAAAUGGUCAGCUAUAUCAAGGAUGAAAAUUGACUUUUAAGCCAAAACUUGUAAAAAACAUACAUUACAUAUUUAUUCGUAUUAGAGAUAGCGCGUGUGUGAGGAUUGUUUGUAAAAUGACGUGUGUGAAAUGUCUGUGCGUGAUUUUUAUGUAGUAAAGUAAAUGGGUUAUCAUUGUAAUAGGAUGAAAUACUGUGGAUGCAUAGAUGAUUAAGA